GUCCCCCUCUUCUUUCUUCUUCAUCCAGCGAUAUUAGAUUACGGAUUUCCGUUGUUCAUAUUUAUUGCGCUCUCACAUUCUUUCACUCUUACCACGACUACGACCGUCACCACCCUGGUGACUCUUCCUAACAAGACUUUGGCUUGACUUGGACAUAUCGGGUGGCCUUAGGGUAUUGGGCUGGCUGACUGGCUGGCUGGCUAUGAGCAGGAGUAUUUAGUCGGGGUCUUUGUCUAUUCACUGCGCGCUAGGCAUGUCUUCACCACCACCACCACCACCACCACCACCACCUCUUACACCGGCACUUCCUGAAAUCGUCGUCGAGGCUGGUUCUCCUCCACACGAUGGCCCCAACGCCGACGUCGAUGGCUCACCCAAGUCGUCCUCCAGCGCACUCUCCUCAUCCGACGAGGGCACCCUGUACGACAAGCACCGACACAAGCUCUCAAAGUACCACGACCACGAUUUCCUGCGGGGCCUGGCGGAGUGCGGGAGCGGGAGCGGGAGCGAAAAUGGGGGCAGCGGGCGCUUCAAGGUCGUCGCUGGAGACGAAGCAGCGAGUAUCGUUCGAAGUUAUGCUGGGAGCACAGUCGAUGUGCGAGCAGCGCAGUUGCCCAAUCUCAAUCCGGUCGUGUUCGCGUUCUCGACGUAUACAGCUGGCGGCCGGAAAGUUGUUGAUUAUUACAAGACGUGGAAGGGGAUCCCCAAGGCGCAUCGUCAGAAAGGCCAACGGAAGACCGACUUUUUGGACUCCGAGUUCAAGAGGGUCGUUAAGAAUCUCGACAAGGAGUACAAGCGUCUGUCUACCGCAGGCUCGCCAUCUGCUUCCCCGCAACAGCUUGGGAUCAACAAGCCCCUCCCGAAUUCUCCCCCUCCUCUCAUGCGCCAAUCAUCAUCAUCAAUAUCUGCCAAUGUCAAACAAGCCCCCCAAUCGCCAACACCUACCACCGCAAUGAAACCGUUACCGAAACCGCCAGCACUCAAACUAGUAGAUGAGCCCCCACCUUCUGGUGGCCCUCUGACGGCGAGACCGAACAUUCCUCUUGUAGUUUCUGAUAGUGUCGUAUCGCUACCUUUCCUUGGACCAAUUAACGGCUUAACCGUCCACGACCCGUUGCCACUGAGACUCGUGAACCCGGAUCUGAAAUCACCGACUGAUCUAUCAUCAUCUUCACGUUCGGAUCAAGCACAGCAUGCAGGCAAGCACCGCAGGAGCAAGCAUAGGAUGGCUUCGGCCGAUUCUAGGCACUCCAAAGGCUCCAGAACAGCUUCUGACAGUGGCUCAAGCACGCAUACAUCAGACGAAGGACAAGGAUACGAUUCUGAUUCUCCAGAGAUCUUAAUAGUCGUUGUAGACGAGAACAACAAGGAUCUUCCGACCUGGCACGGGUGCGCACCUAUCAACUUUUUUUUAAAAAAAUUAUACAUCUUGACAGAAAAACUUAUACUAUGCGACAGCCUCGAAACCAACACAGGAUCAACGCCACAACAGCCAGCUCGAGCGCCGAGCGUGCGAAGAUCACCUUGGGACGGGCCAUUGGCGAACACGAAUGGCGAGGUGAGGCACUACGGAGUGCGCCCGGGCCGGUUCGAACAUUCGGAUGAUGAUGAGGAGGAGGAGGAGGAGGAAGAAGAGCCGCCGCUCGUGCCUCUCCGAUAUGCCCUCAGCCCCCAACCACCGCGUACGCCUCCACGUGCGAUACCCCAGACCGGGUACAUGUACGCGCCCAGCACGGCCUAUGCCGCAUCGUUGUACAGCAGCAGCCCCUACGCCGCCUCCACGGCGACUUUGACGUUCUCCCCGCCCCCUCCUCCGCCCCCCUACCCCGGCUCCGGCCCGUACCUCUCCCCCGCGUCCUCUUACCAGAACCUCUCCUCCCCGUCGUUCUCCAUCAUCCAGAGCCCAGACUCGUUCCGGAGCUUCGGCGCUGCACCUUGGGUCUCGGCGGAGGAGUUCCAUCGGUAUUCGAAUGCGGCUACGACGACUUUUCAAUGACUUCGGAAUUGGGACCUUGGACCUUGGGACUUGAGUUGACCACCAUCAUUUGCUUGCUUUUUGCGUUCUUUUUUUUUUUUCUUUCCCUUUAUAUUUUUGCUUUUUGUUUUUUUUUUUUUUACGGACGAGUUUAGUGUAGGUAUAUUCCCCACCUCCCCUUGGUGGGUAGUGUAUUUUAUUUUAUCUUUUUGAGUGUAAUGGUAGUGUUUGGGUAAUGAUGGUAUGAUGGUGUGAUUUGUUGGGAUUUGGGGGUGGGAGUGGUGUGGUGGUCGAGGUGAUCGUCGAUUGUAAUUCAAUCAAUCUUGAAGGACCCAAUUUGGAACCGAAUACCGACCGGCAGACGCUCACACGCUUUGAUUGAGCGUUCUGCCGAUCCCCAAGCUUCUUCUAGUCGACAGAGAUUUUUUUUUGGAUGUCGAAUAGGAAGUUGUGGUUUAUUGAUAUCUGAUGUUCAAAUUAAUUUCUU